AUGUGGGGCGCUGCCACUCCCCCGCCCGGGAACUCCCUCCGGCUGGAGUUCCAGGUGGACGAAGCCCGCCUCUACUCACCCUGGCUGCGCGCGGAUUCCGGCCGCCAGCGGCAGCCCGCUGCCCCAUCCCACGAACACUGCGGCGCCCCCGGAGUGACCAAUCAGCGCGCGCGGGGGUGGGGGCGGGGGAGAGCCGAGCCCGCCCCGGGCGCGCUCAUUGGCCCGGCGCGCAAGAUCCAACUCCCGGAGUAUUGGCCUGAGCGCCAAGUCUGCAAACUCCGGCCCGCGGGAGCCUGCAACCCCACACUCUUGGGACGCCCGGCUCCGCAUUCCCCCUUGCAGGCCACCCCCAGGGCCGCGCGAAACCCGUGGCACGCAAGAACCAGGGCUGAAAACCAAGUCGAGCUCCGAACCCAGGGCAGACCUAGACCACUUGACGUUUGCGAUAGAGGACUCAGAUUGCGAGUUGGACGAGGGACGGGGAGAGUCUGCGAGGCGGGUCUUCGUGAGGAUUUGGGAAUCCGGUUGUGGGUUUUGAACCUCAGACUGGAAGCGGAGCACGGCCUUACUCCCCACCCCUCUGAACACCCCCGGGAGCUGGCAGAAGAGAAGGUGACCAGGGAAAGUGACCAGGGAAGGUCCUAGGGAAGGUCUGGAGGAAGGAUUCCGCAGGUCCGCCCGGGAGUUCGGAGCUCGAGACCCGGAGCUCGCAACUGCCCCAGCUCCGCCGGGUACCUGGCCUGCAGAGCUACCUUCGCGAGGACUGCCCGCCCCAGUGACUCCCUUUAUCCUUCUUUAAGGUCCCUCUCUCUUCUCCUUGGACUUGCUGUUCUCCGAGUU